ACCAAUAGGGGGCGGUGUGGAUCUCCAUGCUUCUACAGUAACAUGGCGGUCUGAUGUAAGGAUAUUUUUGGUUUGAUUUUUCAAAAGUACAAGGACCUGCAAUCGAGAAGUUGAAUAAAGUUUCAUACAUGAAGAAAAUUUUAGAGGAAACCUUCAAGUAACAUGGAGCCAGUGGAUCCUGUUGUCUCAGGAAAAGGGCAAGACAAGCCAUCACAGUCUCUUUAUUUAUCUCCCAGCUCAAAAGGACGGCAACGGAAGAAAAACCCCAAGUAUUUAGAUGAACCGGAUUUCACUGAAAAUGUCAAACAGAAAUCCCCCAGAAAGUCACCGGAAAAAUGUGUACCCCCUAAAAAGACCCCUGCAAAACCUAGAAAAACUAAAACACCUCCAACAGAGACUGCAAACGGAGAAAAAGAACAAAUCCCUCCAGAUACGGUGGAACAGACAUUAGUAACGCCUAAAAGACGAGGAAGAUCCAAAAAAACACCGUUAGUGAAGACGGCUUCGCCGUCUCUAACUGUCACUGCUGAUGGAGACCCCCAAACCACAGAGACUGGAGGUGCAGAAAAUUCAGUCAAGCAAGAAAAUGGGACACCGAAGCCAAAGAGAAAGUAUGUCAGAAAGAAGCCUGUAGAGGAAGUUAGAGAUCCACCAGAUAAAAAGGAGCAAGGAGAACCUGAUGAGGAGCCUGAAUCCGGGGGCCGUCGCAGAAGAGGGGCCGCAAAGGUGGCGCUGAAAUACCUUCACGAUUUAGCCAAAGAGGCGUUUGCUCAUUCCAGAGAUGAACCCGACUCUGAGCAGCAAGAAGAAUCCCAAAAGAAAGGCUCCAAAAAAGGCCGAAAGAGAAAACGGGACGACAUCGACGCUCUGGACGAUGAAGACUUUGUUCCGAAUAUCGUAGACGAAGAAGAGGACGAGGCUGAUGAAGGCGACCAGGAAGAGGAAGAGUUUUGGGAUGAGGAGAGAGAUGGCAGAAGGUUUCCAUCUGCUUUUUACAGCAGCAAGGGCCGUGGCAAACCCAUCAAAGGAAUACCUAAUAAUAUCAUACAGACAAUGACGGACUCAGCUGAGAAAACCAGGAAAUUCCGGGAAGAGCACUGCAGCAGCUGGGUGUUCCCAGACUGGGUUCCCUCUGCUAAAGAUUGGGAGCCUGUUCCAGAAAAUGAACUGGAAAAAUACCUCCCUCAAGAAGUUAAGUCAGCUGCUUUCAAAGUGACCAGAGAAGGUCUGACGAAGGAAGAGGCGCCGCAGCUUCGGCUCAGCAGGUUUGAGGCAACGCCAGCUCACCGGGAUCGCUGGGACAUGAUCCUGUUUGCUGGUGGACCGGUCUGGGCCAUGGAGUGGUGUCCCACACCUGACGGUGCUCCUGCCUCCCAGUACCUCGCUCUCGCUUGCCAUCGAGGGAUGGAUGACCUGCACUGUGUGAACCGGACCUACUCAGAACCAGGACUCCUCCAGCUGUGGGACUGUGGCAAACUGGAGUAUGACAGCAGACCAAACUCUCAGCCGUCUCUGGCUUAUGGCCUGGCUCAGGACAAAGGCUUCAUCUGGCAGCUAAAGUGGUGCCCUGCAGGAGGUUGGGAGCUUCCUAACUGUGUCAGAAAGGCUUUCUUGCCCAGACUGGGUCUGCUGGCAGCAGCGACCUCCAGUGGUGUGGUCACCAUUUAUAGCCUGCCCCACCCUGAGGCUUUGCUCUUAAACAGAAAACUGUCAAACUCAGAAAGCAACGCUGAAAUCCCUCCAAUUUACAAGGCACGAGAUGUGGUCACCUUAAAACUGGGCGGCAUCAAAUCUCCUCGGAAAGAAAGGAGUGGACAGGUCCUCUCUAUGGACUGGCUUCCUCAAAAACCACACAACAUAGUGGCUGUUGGAUUCUAUGAUGGCUUAGUUGGACUCUGGGAUCUUUCCACGAAAUCUUCCCUGUUGAGAGUUAGAGAGUCUGACAGAUCUAUGACUCUGCUGCCCUAUCGAUGCAUUCUGGCUCACGAGCAUGCAGUACGAUCUCUGGUCUUCUGUCCUGCAUCCAGAUUCUUGCUGACGACUGCAGGUGAGGACCGCUACUUAAAGACAUGGGACCUGAGGCGGAUCUGUGACCCUGUCAAGACCCAGAAACGCUGCCUCUCUACGGAAAUCUGCUGGCCGCUGGACGCGCCUGGCAUCCUGUCUGCCCAGGAGUCUGCCUUUGUGCCGAAACAUUCAAUAGGAGUUCAUUAUCUUAACCACUGCGCGCCGAGCUACUUUCCCAUUCCUCGGGGUAUAUCUGUUUGGGCCUUGUCUCACUCUGAUUGGCUGAACAGCGUGUUGUCUUCAGAUGUGCACGGUGGUGUGAUUCUCUCUAUGUUACCGCCAACUACCAGCGGUCAAACCUACAUUAAGAGAACGCACUUGAGACGUUUUCCUGCCUACUUCACAUCUUUGGUGCCUUUUGAAGCAACUGCAGGUAAAAAUAAAGGCAGGAAAGAUGGAGGAGCUGUUAGUGAUGGGCAGGAAACAGGUGAGACGGAAAAAUCAGAAGCUGGAAGAACAAACGGGGAGGAAAAUGACGGAGCAACAGUUAGAACAGACGCAAGUCCUCAGCUACAGUUUGGGACGUACAAAGAGGCCGUCAAAAAAUACUACCUGCACUAUAAAGACUUUGACAUGGAAAGCCUUGCAGGACUUGAAAAGCGGACUUUGUGGAAACACAUGGAUGGCCCAGAACUAAGGGCUGAAAGCAUAGAUGAAAUGCCCCUGGCUGCUCUGUUCAAGGCACGCUUCAACCCGAACAUGAGCAACAACGUCUGGGUCGCCUCCGGGGGUCAGUCAGGUCUGGUAAGACUUCACUGCGUGAGGACUUUUAUCACCCCCCAAUUCGAGAAAAUGACUCGUAAUCAUCAGGUCCACUUCAGAACGCUCUUCUCAGGACAGAACCAAGGCGAUGGGGUCAAGAAGGAGCAGCUAUAGCCGGAGCUCUACCUCACUCAACAAUCAAGAAAAAUACAAAACCUUUAAAUAAACCUUAUCCCGUUCUAAAAGCAGAUAUGAAUGUUAUGUUUGCAGAACUAUGUUGUUUCAAGCCACUUCAGAACAUGACUGCAUGGUAGCGCUUAAAGGUCAACGUGGGGAAAUGAAAGAAGAGGAGCCAUGUUUUGAAACGCGCAGACACCACAGGUGUGCUGGAAUAUGCAUUAUGUCCACAGCUUUUAACAGCAGAUACCACCUUAAAUCCAUAUGGUACGCAUGAUUAUGGUCCUUGAACAGCAAAAACUGCUCAUCUCUGGAAUCUUAACAGUAAAGCAGAUUUUCGUCAGAAUGAUUUUUAUUUUAGAAAAUUGUGCCUUUUUAUCCACUUUAUUUUUAGCAAUAAUAUGUGCUUUGCCCUUGGAUAUUGUUUUUGUUUUGUUUAUUUUUUGUUCUGAAUAUUAGAAGUCUUCACAUUUUCCACUUCAGUGUUGAUAAUCUGGUUUGUGCAACACAGAAACUCAGGCCUGUUUGGUGAAAUACUUGAAAUUCUCUCUCUCUAUAU